CACAGACGUCCUUCUUUGCCCUCCGGCGGCCGCACCACCCACGCUAAACGUUUAGCUCGCCUUCCUCCCCCUCUUUCAGCGCACAUGCGGCCACGAGCCCACUAAAAAGCCCGCCGCUAAGAAAGGUACCAGCGACAUUGGCCCAAGCCGAUUGGCGCCCAGCGUCACCCUCGCUCGCCUCUCUUCGCUCCUUGGCUGUGCUCACCGUUCAGUACACCCGGCAAAAACCCCCUCUUCGUUUUUUCCUCUGCGCCCGUCCGUCUUGCAACCCCCCCUCACCACCAGAGCCGGCCAGCCUCAGCAUCGCCAACAGCUGCCUUUUCCUCGUCAACACCAUAGGCCAGCGCUCUGCUUGCUACCCUCUCUUGCGAUUCGGCUUUUAUCCGCCGUACAAACUCACCCUGCGACCAUUUGCGACACAUCCACGUACGCACACACGACUACUUGCUACGCUCUGCCCCUGCGCACAGAUCGGCAUCUCCCACAGGCUGUCUCGCUGCCCUGCAACUUGUUCACCCAAAGCUGCUCAUUUCGGUGGUUGCACUGUAGAAAUAACGCAGCUUUUGCCUGAGCCAGCCGCUACUAUACUCUGAUUGACCUUUAUUCUCAACCGCAACGAAAUCCAACACCCGUCAGCGCCCAUCUCGGAACCCUACCGAUACCGUGACUACCUGCGCCGCCCGAUUUCACUGUGCUGGUACUCCCUCGGUCUUCUCGCAAGGCCACCUACUUCGAACACAAAAAACCCACGAUUGGCUAUUGCAAUCCAACGCAAAACCGAAAGCGUCAGACUGAGCCUCGGCAUCCGCUAUUCCUCUGCGCAUUGCUACAGAGAAAGCUCGGGACGGCAGAUUGACCCUCAAUCCCACGUAAUCGCCACAAGAGAAUGUCAGCCAUGCUACAGACGCCCUCACGAGCCUCAACAGCAUCUACAUCAUCUUUUCAACCCAUUUCACGUCAAAACACAAUGUCUUCCUACGAUGGCGGCGGCUCGCGCUCGGCGCGCCAGUCGAAGCGCUUCUCCAUGUCUGCCCUGUACAUGUCCAUGUCCGCCAAUGAGGGCGAAAUGGAAAUUGAGGAUGACCUCGCUAAAGCCCAGAAAGUCUUGCGUGAGCUCAAGACCAAAAUCUCAUCUCAGUCCAAGAAGAACUUUGUGCUCGAAAAAGAUGUUCGAUACCUCGAUUCCCGCAUUGCGCUCUUGAUCCAGAACAGAAUGGCGCUGGAAGAGCAAAAUGAAGUCGCCAGCCAUCUUGAAGACGCCACCGACAUGCAAGAAGGCUUCUUCCCAAACGACGACAAGACGCAGAAGUACGGCAACCUGCUCUUCCUCUUGCAAUCCGAGCCCAGACACAUUGCUCAUCUCUGCCGCCUUGUCACAAUGGCUGAGAUCGACUCUCUCUUGCAAACCGUCAUGUUCACCAUCUACGGAAACCAGUACGAGAGUCGUGAAGAGCAUCUUUUGCUCACCAUGUUUCAGUCUGUCCUUACCUAUCAAUUCGACAACACACCCGAAUACUCGUCCCUGUUGCGCGCAAACACUCCCGUAUCCCGCAUGAUGACCACAUAUACCCGCCGUGGUCCUGGUCAGAGUUUCCUUCGAACAGUUUUGGCCGAAAGAAUCAACAACCUCAUUGAGCUUCAGGAUUUGGACUUAGAAAUCAACCCCCUCAAAGUGUACGAGCGCAUGCUGGAGCAGAUUGAGGAGGAGACUGGUUCUCUUCCCGCCAACUUGCCCAAAGGCAUCACUGCUGAGCAGGCUGCCGAGAACCCACAGGUCCAGGCCAUCAUUGAGCCCAGACUUUCCAUGCUGACGGAAAUCGCAAACAACUUUUUAACGACAAUUAUUGAUGGACUUGAGGAAGCCCCUUACGGUAUUCGAUGGAUUUGCAAGCAAAUUCGCAGCUUGACCAAGAGAAAGUACCCCGAUGCCAACGAUCAAGCGAUCUGCACGCUGAUCGGCGGAUUUUUCUUCCUGCGAUUUAUCAACCCUGCCAUUGUCACCCCCAAGUCCUACAUGCUGAUCGAGGGAACCCCGUCGGAGCGCCCCCGUCGCACUCUUACGCUGAUCGCCAAGAUGAUCCAGAACCUGGCUAACAAGCCUUCCUACGCCAAGGAACCGUACAUGGCCACCAUGCAACCCUUUAUCGACCAAAAUAAGGACCGCAUCAACAGAUUUAUGUUGGAACUUUGCGAGGUCAGCGAUUUCUACGAAAGCUUGGAGAUGGACAACUAUGUUGCCCUUUCCAAGAAGGAUUUGGAAUUGGACAUUACUCUCAACGAAAUCUACGCCAUGCACGCUCUCAUUGAAAAGCAUGGCCAGGAGCUCUGCCAUGACGACAACUCCCAUCUCGCCAUCAUCGUGCAAGAGCUCGGCACCGCGCCAGCCCAGCUACCCCGAAAGGAGAACCGUGUUAUCAACCUGCCGCUCUUCAGCCGAUGGGAGACUGCCAUUGACGACUUGACCGCUGCUCUCGACAUCACACAGGAAGAAGUUUUCUUCAUGGAAGCCAAGUCUAUUUUUGUCCAGAUUAUGCGCUCCAUCCCCCAGAGCAGUGCCGUGUCUCGCCGACCGCUACGACUUGAGCGUGUGGCUGAUGCCGCAGCCACCAGCCGCAACGACGCCGUCAUGGUGCGCAAGGGCAUUCGCGCCAUGGAGCUUUUGUCCCAGCUUCAGGAACUGGGUGUCAUUGAUAAGAGCGACCAGUUUGGCUUGUUGCGUGACGAAAUCGAACAGGAGCUGCAACAUCUCGGAUCGCUCCGCGAAGGCGUCAUGUCGGAGACCAAGAAGCUCGAGGACGUCUACAAGACCAUCCGCGACCACAACACAUACCUUGUCGGCCAGCUUGAGACGUAUAAGAGCUACCUACACAAUGUCCGCUCGCAGAGUGAAGGCACCAAGCGCAAGCAGCAGAAGCAGCAGGUUCUCGGCCCUUACAAGUUCACUCAUCUGCAGCUCGAGAAGGAGGGCGUGAUUCAGAAGAGCAACGUGCCGGAUAACAGACGCGCCAACAUUUACUUCAACUUCACCAGCCCCCUUCCCGGCACAUUUGUCAUUUCUCUCCACUACAAGGGACGCAACCGCGGCCUCUUGGAGCUGGAUCUCAAGCUUGACGAUCUGCUGGAAAUGCAAAAGGACGGCCAGGAAGAGCUGGAUCUGGAAUACGUGCAGUUUAGCGUCGCCAAGGUGCUGGCCCUUCUUAACAAGCGCUUCGCUCGUAAGAAGGGAUGGUAAACUUUUUUUUUUUACCUCGCCUCGCCCGCCUCUGUACCACUAGCCUCACGCCCAACACCUCGCCACGGAUCGCAAUUCGCUUCCUUUUUAUCUCAUUUCAUUUUUUUACCAACCACCGAAACGGUACACUAGACAUAUUGGAUAUAUGUCUGUCUGCCCGUUCUCGGACGGCCCCGUGUGUCGAUCUCCCUCCCGCUCUCCCUUACUCAUAUCUACCUGGGCGGCUUCAAGGGAGAGCAAACCAUGCACUAACCUCGAUCGUUUUUAAUUUCCUAGUCUGUUAAUUUUCGACCUCGCAGGGGUCUGACGCAAGACUUGCUAUCGAUUUGCCAUUUUAUUCUGGCUUUUUUUCCAGUCGGCUCAACUCGGUUCUCGUUUUAUUCUCUCACAAUGUUUGUGGUUGCCGCUUUGCACGUUACUCAACUAAAUCCUGGAGCUUUUGCUUGGUGUGUUGAAAUGAAGCUUGUUUUUUACAUCUCGGAUUUUUACAUGUACGAUUAUGUCAAGGAUGGAAAUUUUUGGGCUUUUGUUUUUGCCGCCGCCAAGUCUUUUCUGUUCUGCUCCGUUCUUACUUUAUAUCUAUCAAUACCAUUUGAAUUUCUUUUUAUUUACUACGCAAAUGACUCACGUUGAAACCAUGAAAGCGGCAGUGUGGAAACAUAUCUUGUCAUUCUCGUAGGCGAUUAAUAAAAAAGGGACAUUUUAAGCUGCAAGUAACAUAGCAUAAGCCAAAGACACGAAGAAUUGCUUGCACCUUUUCCCUACAACCGGUGCUCUUUUCGUUUUCAGCGCAAGGACAAACGUGUACGUCUUUUCUCACAAAUGACUGUAAUCUCUAUUUCGUUUUCUUUUCCGUCUACGCCAUCCAAAGCUCAAAGGUGCCGUGCCCGGCGCGUCGAUGGCGCGUGCGUGGGCUUGUUCGUUUCGAAAUCGGUCAUUCUCUGAGCUGCUAGGCUCGUGCGUUUAGGAGGAGACAGCAACGGGCUUGGCAGCAGCAGCCUCAUCAACCUCCAUGGCUUCAUCCUCGCCCUCAACGGCCUCGCCUUCGCCUUCACCCUCACCCUCCUCGAGCUCCUCAAGCUCCUCCUCGCUCUCGCCCUCGAGGUCGACGCUGCCGUCCUCGGACAUCUCGUCUUCAGCCUGGCCGUUCUCGCCCUCAGCACCAGCCUCAGCAGGGACGCCACCCAUCUCAGCAUCCUCGCCGUUCUGGCCAGCAGCUUCGCCCUCGGCAGCGGCCUCCUCAGCCUCUUCCUCCUCACGCUCUUCAGCACCAUAGUCCUCCUCAUCAGCAGCAGCGAGAUCAGCCUCAGGCUGCUCAGGAGGGAACUCGGCGGGGGCAGAGGCUUCAGAGUCCCUAUU